AUGACUGACUUUGAAAAAACCAUAAUCAACGCAUGUGAAGAAGUGUAUCCAAAUUCUCCUCUUAGUUGUUGCUUUUUUCAUUUCGGCCAAUCAAUUUAUCGACAAAUUCAGUCUGCUGGUCUUCAAGCCGCAUACAAUGAUCCCGACGAUCGUUCAUUGAAAGUUUACACUCAUAUGAUGCUAGCGUUGGCAUUCGUACCUUUGGCUGAAGUUCCUCGCAUUUUCUCGCUCUUGGAAAAUGAUGCGCCUGAAGAUCUAUUACCAAUUUUUGAAUAUUUUGAAAAAAUAAUUAUGUUCUUGGUGUAA